GGAGAAGAGGGAGGAGAUAUAGGUGGAGGAGUAGCGGGAGGAGCGGGAGGAAGAGCGGGAGAAGGAGCGGGAGGAGGAACGGGGAAAAAGUAGGAGAAGCAGCGGGAGAAGGAGCAGCAAGAGGGGGAGCGGGAGACAGAGAGGGAGGAGCAGGAGAAGGAGCGGGAGCGGGGCUAUGGCGGGAUCUUUGUCACGUUGUUUGGCGGAGGAGGAGCGGGAGGGGGAGGAGGAGGAGGAGGAGGAGGAGGAGGAGGAGUGGGAGGAGCGGGAGAAGGAGCGGGAGGAGUGGGAGAAGGAGCGGGAAGAGGGGGAGGAGGAACGGGGGAAGAGCAGGAGAAGCAGCGGGAGGCGGAGCGGCAGGAGGAGCGGGAGGAGCAGCAAGAGGGGGAGCGGGAGAAGGAGAGGAGGGAGGAGAGGGAGGAGGAGCGGGAGCUCUGGCGGGAUCUUUGUCACGUUGUUUGACAGAGGAGAAGCGGGAGGAGGAGGAGGAGUGGGAGGAGCGGGAGAAGGAGCGGGAGGAGGAGUGGGAGAAGGAGCGGGAGAAGUAGUGGGAGGGGAAACAGGAAGGGGUUGCAUCUGACAGCUCCUUAGUCCAUACUCGCACCGGGA